CAGCUGCUGCGGUGAUUCCGGCUGAUUAUCACGCUUGCAUCAAUAAUUUGUAACAUUAGCAUUACUUAACUUUUGAAAGUGUCGUGACAUUUCCGCUCACUAGUCUAUAUGUAUAAACUGUUGGCCACGUUAAGAUCCAAUGUAGUUUGUAGUGCCACCGUAAUACGGUUCUAUUCAUCUAAAUCGAAACCUAAGUGGAAAUCGUUUCCCAGCAAAAUGCCACUGGAUCCGAAGCACAUUGCGGAAGCUCAAAAGCAGCGACUGAAGUUGAAGCAGAAGGUAAUCAAAGCAUCUCCGGGGAUUGUGAACCUACAGAUUGUGGGCUCUGGAGCACCGGGUGCUCCGGCAUCGGUUUAUUUAUUCAGUGAUCAGACGAGGUAUUUGUUCAACUGUGGCGAAGGAACGCAACGGUUGGCGUAUGAGCAUAAGACAAAAUUGUCAUGCUUGGAGAAUAUCUUCAUGACCAGGACUUGCUGGGAACGAAUAGGCGGCCUACCGGGAAUUUGUCUGACCAUGCAGGAUGUGGGAGUGCCGAGUGUGACGUUGCAUGGACCACCAGGGUUGGAUGAACUUUUCAAGGCGAUGCGAAGGUUUGUGAUCUUAAAGGAUAUGAAAGUGGAAGCUGCGGAAUGUAAACCGGAUGAUGUGUUCGAUGACCAUGUGAUGAGUUUGAAAUAUGUGGCUAUCCAUCGGGAACCGCAAUCUGUUUCGAAUUCCGACGAAGAGGAUAAAGUUGAGGAGACCACUGUUGACGAUACAGAUUAUUACGCUUACGAGAAACGGAAAAAGGCGGAGCCCAAGGCAAGAAUUACGGUGGCGCGUCAAGAUUGGACCAAACGACACGAAGAAUCUGUGAUAGCGUACAUUUGCAAACUGAAGCUACGCUUUGGGCAAUUAUCGCUGGAGAAAUGCGUUGACAAAGGUGUUACGCCGGGCCCAUUGCUGGGACUGCUAAAAAAUGGAAACGACGUUACGCUUACUAACGGAACCGUGGUGAAAUCCAGCGACGUUCGUGGGCCCGAUGAUCCCGGACCGGUAUUUAUAUUUAUCGAUAUUCCCAGCGAGGAAUAUUUGAGAGAUUUGGAAGAUAAGAAUGAAGCGUUUGCUCCUUACCAGAGCACGGCUACCGAGGAAUCGGAUCAAGCUAUGUAUGUGUUGCAUUUCAGUCCAUUGGAGGUGAUGCAAAAGCCCGAGUACAGGAAGUUUAUGGACAGAUUUUCUGCGAGUACGAGGCAUAUUGCCUUGAACGAGAUCAACAGCUUUUCAGGUUACAUCGCUUCCCAUAGGAUUCAGUACCAUUUGAAUCAGUUAGAUAAGCACAUAUUUCCUUUGCUGAAGGAGGAGAACAACGAUUACAACAAACAGGACACCACAAUACAAGACUGUGAUUUAGUAAGAUCUUCUUCGCUUAGUUAUCUUCACGUUCGCCCGAGGAAAGGAAUAGAUCGUACCCAGGAGGCAAUUCUCAAUCCCUCCGAGUACCUUCAGGAGCUGGAAGUACUUCCGGAUUUUAAAAUAGCCUUGAAUCAACUUCAGCAGAAAUUGACGGAGCGUAAGUCGCAGCAACAGGUAGCUCGCGCUGAGAAAUUCCCUCGUGUUGUAUUCCUCGGUACCGGAUCGUCGAUUCCGAACAAAACUCGAAAUGUCAGCGCCAUUUUGGUGCACACUAGUCCUGAUUCUUCGAUCCUGUUGGAUUGCGGAGAAGGUACCGCUGGUCAGAUUGUUCGGUUCUUCGGCAGUGAACGAGCAGAGCAUGUAUUUAGAAGCCUCAAAGCGAUCUACAUCUCGCAUUUACAUGCGGAUCAUCAUCUCGGUCUAUUUGCACUACUGCAGACGAAACGCAAACUGUUGGGUUCCAACAAUGAAAAGAUUCUGCUGAUAGCCCCCGAGCAAAUUUCUUAUUGGUUGAGACUGUACGACUGUCGGUUUGAACCAGUGCAUCGAGAUUACGUGCUCGUAAAGAACGCCGAACUGGUUGAUCAACCGCUCCGGGACGAACGUGUUCUCGAUCUUGGUGUGACGGAAAUAGCCACCUGCCGGGUGCGUCAUUGUCCGCACUCGUUCGGUGUAGCCCUGCAAAUGAACUCGAGCCAGAAAGGGGAACCGGGAGAAACGGUCAAGAUUACCUACAGUGGCGAUACAAUGCCCUGUCAAGAUUUGGUAGACCUCGGUCGGGGCUCCACUAUCCUCAUCCACGAAGCCACCAUGGAGGACGAGCUGGAGGCAGAAGCGCGCAUCAAAAUGCACAGCACGUUGACGCAAGCGAUCGAACAGGGCAGGAAGAUGGGCGCUAAGUACACGUUGCUGACACAUUUCAGCCAGCGUUACGCGAAGAUUCCGCGUAUCGAAUCGGAACUGGAGAUGAAUUUGGGCAUUGCGUUUGACAAUAUGGAAGUGACGUUGGACGAUUUGCCCCACUUGAGUUUGUUCUAUCCAGCGUUGAAGGCGAUGUUUAUCAGUCAUUUCGAAGAGAUGGAACAGAAGGCCCUCAAGCGGGGGAACAAAAAGAUGCGACUGGAAGGUGGAAGUGAUAACAAUAGCAAAGAACCUUCCCCGACGCGGUAGAAUGAAAAGUAAACUAAGAAGUAGCGUUUUACUAUACAGUCAACUCUCCGCAACUCGAUGUCCACUAUCUCGAUAUCGAGUUAUAGAACCAUAGUAAAAAAUAAUUUCAUGGCUACUGUGAUGGGAUUGUUAUUCUAUAACUCGAUAAUUCUAUAACUCGACGGUCCCUUCAAUAUCGAGUUAUAGAGAGUUCACUGUAUUAUGAAUUAUGGAAAAGUUAUCGAAUUGAAUGCAAAUAUACCUGGUUACUUA